CACUAGUUUAGAUCUCCCAAUUCCAUGUUGUUACUCCUCUCUCCAUACACUCAUUUACCCAACAUACACGCAGCUACUCAUCAAGCUCAUAGGUCGUUCCGGUUACCCAUAGAUAGUUGUCUUCACUCUUACAACAGGCAUACCAUGGCGAGCCCCAGCCUUAAGCGAAGUGCCGGCGAUCUGGCGAACCCAGCAGUUGAGUCAAAGAGACCCAAGACCAAUGGCAGCAUCACAUCAUUCUUUGGCGCUCCUAAGCCAAAAGAAAACGGGGCAGCAACGACCAAGUCAGCGGUUCCUUCAUCGGUCUCGAGUUUCAAUAAACAGAAAUGGGUGGCUACAUUGACUCCAGAGCAGAAGGAGCUACUCCGGCUAGAGAUCGAUACCAUGGACGAGAGUUGGCUAGCCCAUUUGAAAGAAGAGCUCAUCAAACCUGAGUUCCUGGCCCUGAAACGUUUUCUUCAAAAGGAGAAGCAGAUGGGGGUGAAAGUCUUCCCGCCCGAAGAAGAUAUUUACUCAUGGUCUCGUCAUACGCCUCUACACAAAGUUAAAGUGGUUGUCAUUGGUCAGGAUCCGUACCAUAAUUACAACCAAGCACACGGCCUCGCAUUCUCAGUCCGCCCUCCAACCGCGGCUCCUCCAUCUCUUGUUAACAUUUAUGCUUCGAUCAAAAAUGAUUACCCGUCAUUCGUACCGCCUCCGAACAAAGGUGGCCUGCUUAUACCAUGGGCAGAGCGUGGUGUCUUGCUUUUGAACACCUGUCUGACUGUUCGUGCACAUCAGGCUGCGAGUCAUUCAAACAAAGGCUGGGAGCGGUUGACACAGAAGGCUAUUGACGUCGUCACCCGUGUCCGGACUCGGGGAGUGGUCUUCCUUGCAUGGGGCACCCCUGCAGGGAAGCGUAUUACUGGCAUCAACCGCGAUAGACAUUGCAUUUUACAGUCUGUUCAUCCGAGCCCUCUGAGUGCCCACAGGGGAUUUUUAAACAAUCAACAUUUUAAAAAAUGCAACGACUGGCUUGCCGAACGAUACGGGCCCGAUGAAAUCAUUGAUUGGAGUCUGGUAUCGAAACAAGAAGCUUCCCCUGCCUCUGCCGUCGUUCAGAGCUCUUCCGUUACGGUCAAUCAAUCAACCCAGCAAGCAGUGACAGAAUCGGCAAAUAAAAGAACGGUUACAACCAAGUCGAGCACACUUCCGCAAGAAGCCGAGUUUGAAGAAGACUUAGACGCACUCGAGGCACUCGCAGCUCUCGAGAACUCACAAGAGUCAUAA